UCACUGCAAUUUGCAUAGGGCAGAUUAUAUAAAUUCUCAGGCAGGGAUUUUUUUUCUUCACACUCAAGGCUGCAUCUGUUGAGAGGAAUUGUGCUGUUUGUGAAUUGUCUCUGAUCCCUAUACAAAAUGUCUGACAAACCAGAUAUGGCUGAGAUUGAGAAGUUUGAUAAAGCUAAGUUGAAGAAAACAGAAACACAAGAGAAAAAUCCCCUUCCUUCAAAAGAAACAAUUGAACAAGAGAAAAAGCAAUCUGACUCAUAAUGAAUCUCCAUCACCCUGAUAUGCACUGUACAUUCCACAAGCAUUGCCUUCUUAUUUUUCUUCUUUUAGCUGUUUAACUUUGUAAGGAAUAACUAAGAUACAAAGAGUCUUGGAAAAUGUUUACUGUACUGUUGCCCCGUUACACCAAAAGAGAGGAAUAAGAACUACUGUACAUUGAAGGCGCUGACUGUCUGACUUUGGUUCUGGUGGCACAAGAAAGAGCUUGCAUGAUAACUGAAAGGAGAACUUGGGUGGAACUACAGAAAUUGAGUAACAUGCGGUGAUGUGAAAGGAAGGCUGCACCAAGGUCCAGCAAGCUGUAUAAUGCAGUCCAAUUGAGUGCCAUUUUUUUAUUUGUUCAAAAUGAUUUGAAUUAUUGGAAUGCACAAUUUUUUUCUUUUUUUUUUUUAAUAUGCAAAUAAAAAAAAAUAUAUAUGAAACUUA